AGUCAUUGUCCUUCUGCUUUGCUUACCUUGGACACAAACUUGGCAACAAAUAGCAGCACUGCUGUGAAUGUCACUAUAGUUGUUUGUGUCUCAGUCCUUUUUUGUUAUUCAAACAUGUUGCAAGGGCUUCUCCUGCUAACAUGGCUAACACUGACAUUCCAACCCACUGAGUGUCUACAAGGAGUUGGAAAUUCCCUUGGUAUUAAUAUCAGCAACACAAAUCAGGAACUAGAAAAAGUUCUGAGCAAGUUUGGCAUUGUUGCACGUAGCUGCAAAGACAUUCAACAGAAAUAUGGUGUUCAAGAAGAUGGCCUGUACUACCUCAGCACGUCCAGUGGGGUGCUGUACCAGACGUACUGUGACAUGACCACAGCAGGUGGUGGCUGGACUCUGGUGGCCAGUGUACACGAGAACAACAUCUAUGGGAAAUGCACUAUGGGGGACCGGUGGUCCAGCGAGCAGGGAAGCAAUCCCAACCGCCCUGAUGGAGAGGGCACAUGGGCCAACCUGAACACCUUUGGGACUGCAGAGGGGGCAACAUGUGAUGACUACAAGAAUCCUGGUUACUUUGACAUCAUAGCGGAAGAUGUGUCUGUUUGGCAUGUCCAGAACAACGUUCCACUACAGCACUGGACUAUUGCCCCUACCCUACGAUACCACACAGAAACAAGCUUCCUCACUCUGCAUGGAGGAAACCUCUACCAACUCUUCAAGCGCUACCCAGUGAGGUACAACAUUGGAGCAUGUGGCACCAACAAUGGACCGUCUAUUCCUGUGGUGUAUGAUUACGGAAAUGCUGACACCACAAGAGACUUGUAUGCUCCAAAUGCUAGAAUUGAGUUUCUACCUGGCUUCAUCACCUUCAGAGUAUUCAACUACGAGAGGGCAGCAAUGGCCAUCUGUUCUGGAGUCAAACCCACUGGAUGCAACACUGAAACUUUUUGCAUUGGUGGUGGGGGACACUUCCCUGAAGCUGCUCCUCGUCAGUGUGGCGACUUCACAGCCUUUGACUGGGAUGGUUAUGGGACCAACGUGAAAUGGAGUUCAUCCAGAGAGCUGAUUGAAGCUGCAGUACUGUUUUUUUAUCGCUGAUUCUCUCUACAAUAAAACUCUGGGUCCACAAAUGAAUGUGACAGAUCAUGUUUAGGAAUGAAAUGAUGCACUUAUAAGGACAUUUUGUGUGAACAUUUGUGCUGUUUUAGGUUUAAGGUUGUCCGAUAUUAACCUACCUAGGGUUUGGGGUUGUCUCCUCUUCUGGCUGGCUAAAGAGCUUUAUUUUGAGUGUCAGUGCAUUCAUCUGUUAUUUCCCCAGUACCGACAUGCAAAGUGCAUCAAAAUCUUGAAUUUAUAUUACAAGUGAAAUCUAUUUCGUUUUUUGGAUCUUGCAUCUUGUCUGAUUUCCUGAUCCUACCCCUAUCUCUCUCUGCCAAUCAUUUCCUGACAAGCUCUACUCUCGAUUAAAGGCAAAAAGACUCACAAAUAAAGUUAAUAAAAGUA